AUGAUAAAGCUAUUCUCUCUAUGCGUUAUUUUUAGUAGUAUUUUAGCUACUAAAAUAAUAAAUGCACAAUUAUGGAAUGAAACUUAUCCAAAAGGUGAAAUUAUUCCAUUGGGUGAAUUUAAUAUAUAUUCUAUAGGUAAAUCUAAUCGUAAUUUAGCAAUAAUUGUUAUGUAUGAUAAUCGUGGUUUUAAUACAAGUCAAACACGUGUAUUUUGUGAUCGUCUUGCAUCGGAAUAUUUUGUUCAUGUUGUUAUGCCUGAUUUUUUUCGUGGUACAUCAGUACCAACAAAUGGAAGUACAACUUCAUGGUUAGAAACUGUUAGUAAUUGGACUCGAUUAUCAAGUGAUCUUCAAAAUGUUGCUAAUUGGUUAGAUAAACAAUAUUCAAUAAAACAAAUUGGUUUAAUUGGAUUUUGUUGGGGUGGUUUACAUGUUGUACGUGCUUGUUCAAAUUUACCAACAAUAUUUUUUACAGGUAUAUCAAUACAUGGUGCACAAAUAACACCAGAUGAAGUAAGAAAAUUACAACGACCAAUGUUAUUUAUUGCUGCUAGUAAUGAUCCACCAUUACAACCAAAUAUAUCAAGUGUAAUUGAACAAGCAAAUCCUAAUAUAAGUCAACAAUGUGAAUAUAAAACAUAUACAAAUAUGCGUCAUGGUUUUGCUGCUGGUGGUGCUAAUUAUUCAAAUCCAGAUAAUGUUAAAGCUAUUGAUGAUGUACAUGAAACAGUGAGAAAUUAUCUUGAUAAAUUAAGAAAAAAUAUGUCUGUUUCAUUGUCGAUAAAUUUUUUUAUUUUAUUAAUACUUUUGAUAUUUGUUUUUAAUUUACAUAUAUAA